GGCCUGCCUCUGAAGCAGUCUCUAAGCAACCACCCUGUCUUGCCUUCUGGCAGAUUUUCAGGCUAAUGCUGAUUAUCAUCUCUGUCUUCUGCCAGCAGUGACUAGGUAGCCAUGUCGGCCAAAGCCAUCUCUGAGCAGACUGGGAAGGAGUUCCUCUAUAAAUAUAUCUGUACCACCUCAGCUGUCCAGAACCGCUUCAAGUAUGCCAGAGUGACGCCAGACACUGACUGGGAUCGGUUGAUCCAAGAUCACCCCUGGCUCCUAACUGAGUGUCUGGUGGUGAAGCCGGAUCAGUUAAUUAAACGGCGUGGGAAGCUCGGAUUGGUCGGAGUUAACCUCAGCCUGAAUCAGGUGAAGAGUUGGCUCAAACAGCGGCUGGGACAAGAAACCACGAUUGCUAAUGCCAAGGGAAUCCUGAAGAACUUUCUGAUUGAACCCUUCGUCCCUCACAAGCAGGAGGAAGAAUUCUAUGUAUGCAUCUAUGCUGCCCGUGAAGGGGACUGUGUGCUUUUCCACCAUGAAGGGGGUGUGGAUGUGGGAGAUGUUGAUGCCAAAGCUCAGAAGCUGCUUGUGGGGGUGAAUGAAAAGCUCGCCGAGUCCGAUGUGAAGAAGCACCUCCUGGUGCAUGCACCAGAGGACAAGAAAGACAUACUGGCUAGCUUCAUAUCCGGACUUUUCAACCUUUAUGAAGACCUGUAUUUCACAUACCUGGAGAUCAAUCCACUAGUUGUGACUAAAGAUGGCGUCCACAUUUUGGAUUUGGCUGCAAAGAUUGAUGCUACGGCUGACUACAUCUGCAAAGUGAAAUGGGGGGAUGUGGAGUUCCCGCCUCCCUUUGGCAGGGAGGCUUAUCCAGAGGAAGCCUACAUUGCUGAUCUGGAUGCAAAGAGUGGAGCCAGCCUGAAACUGACUCUUCUCAACCCAAAGGGAAGGAUCUGGACCAUGGUGGCUGGAGGUGGUGCAUCUGUGGUCUACAGUGAUACCAUUUGUGACCUGGGGGGCGUGAACGAACUGGCAAACUAUGGGGAAUACUCCGGAGCCCCAAGUGAGCAGCAGACCUAUGAUUAUGCUAAGACUAUUCUCUCCCUCAUGACCCAGGAGAAGCAUCCUGAGGGAAAAAUCCUGAUCAUUGGAGGCAGCAUUGCUAACUUCACCAAUGUGGCAGCCACGUUCAAGGGUAUUGUGAGAGCUAUUAAAGAUUACCAAGGCCCUCUGAAAGAGCAUGAGGUGAGGAUCUUUGUGCGGAGAGGAGGCCCAAACUACCAGGAGGGGCUGCGAGUCAUGGGUGAAGUGGGAAAAACUACUGGGAUCCCCAUCCACGUCUUUGGCACUGAAACCCACAUGACUGCCAUUGUAGGCAUGGCGCUUGGCCACCGGCCUAUCCCUAAUCAGCCUCCUGCUGCAGCCCACACUGCCAACUUCCUCCUCAAUGCCAGUGGCAGCCCUUCGACACCAGCACCAAGCAGAACUGCCUCUUUUUCUGAAUCCAAGCCUGAUGAGAUCACUCCAGCCAAGAAAGCGAAGUCUGUGGCACCUCCUGAUUCAGCCCCAACUUCAAGACGUGUUCAAGGUAAAGCCACAACCCUGUUCAGCCGUCACACCAAAGCAAUUGUUUGGGGCAUGCAGACACGGGCUGUCCAGGGCAUGCUGGACUUUGACUAUAUCUGUUCCAGGGAUGAACCUUCGGUUGCUGCCAUGGUUUAUCCAUUCACCGGAGACCAUAAGCAGAAAUUCUACUGGGGCCAUAAGGAAAUUCUGAUCCCUGUCUUCAAGAACAUGUCGGAUGCCAUGAAGAAGCACCCAGAGGUGGACGUCCUGAUCAACUUUGCCUCUCUGCGAUCUGCUUAUGACAGCACUGUUGAGACCAUGAACUAUCCACAAAUCCGCACCAUCGCCAUCAUUGCGGAGGGCAUUCCAGAAGCGCUGACACGCAAGCUAAUCAAGACUGCUGACAAGAAAGGGGUCACAAUCAUCGGGCCUGCAACUGUUGGUGGGAUCAAACCCGGCUGCUUUAAAAUAGGUAACACAGGAGGAAUGCUGGAUAAUAUCCUGGCAUCAAAACUCUACCGCCCAGGCAGCGUGGCCUAUGUCUCCCGCUCUGGAGGAAUGUCAAAUGAGCUCAACAACAUCAUCUCCCGAACCACAGAUGGAGUGUAUGAGGGAGUGGCCAUUGGUGGGGACAGGUAUCCUGGCUCAACUUUCAUGGACCAUGUUUUACGCUAUCAGGACACUCCAGGAGUGAAAAUGAUCGUGGUGCUUGGGGAAAUUGGAGGCACAGAAGAGUACAAGAUCAGCAGGGGUAUUAAAGAAGGCCGUAUCACCAAGCCUGUUGUCUGCUGGUGUAUUGGUACCUGUGCUACCAUGUUCUCUUCAGAGGUUCAGUUUGGCCACGCAGGGGCUUGUGCCAACCAAGCUUCUGAAACUGCUGUUGCAAAGAACAAAGCCCUGAAAGAAGCUGGAGUGUUUGUGCCUCAGAGUUUUGAUGAGCUGGGAGAUGUGAUUCAGUCUGUGUAUGAAGACCUCGUUUCAAAAGGAGUGAUUGAACCAGCUGAGGAAGUGCCUCCCCCAACUGUGCCCAUGGAUUACUCUUGGGCAAGGGAACUAGGUCUGAUCCGGAAGCCAGCAUCUUUCAUGACCAGCAUUUGUGAUGAGAGGGGCCAGGAGCUGAUCUAUGCUGGGAUGCCCAUCACUGAAGUCUUCAAGGAGGAGAUGGGAAUUGGUGGGGUCCUGGGCUUGCUCUGGUUUCAGAGAAGGCUACCAAAGUAUGCCUGUCAGUUUAUAGAGAUGUGUUUGAUGGUAACAGCAGAUCAUGGCCCUGCUGUAUCGGGAGCCCACAACACCAUUGUCUGUGCAAGAGCCGGGAAAGAUCUUGUCUCUAGUCUCACCUCGGGCCUUCUCACCAUUGGAGACCGGUUUGGCGGUGCAUUGGAUGCAGCAGCUAAGAUGUUCAGUAAAGCCUUUGACAGUGGCAUCAUCCCCAUGGAGUUUGUGAACAAGAUGAAGAAAGAAGGGAAACUGAUCAUGGGCAUUGGCCACAGGGUCAAAUCGAUAAAUAACCCUGACAUGAGGGUUCAGAUUCUCAAGGACUUUGUGAAACAGCACUUUCCUGCUACCCCAUUGCUGGACUACGCGCUUGAAGUAGAGAAAAUUACAACUUCCAAGAAACCAAAUCUUAUUCUGAAUGUGGAUGGCUUUAUUGGAGUGGCCUUUGUUGAUGUACUCAGGACCUGCGGAACCUUCACUCGAGAAGAAGCAGAUGAAUAUAUUGACAUAGGAGCACUCAAUGGCAUCUUUGUUCUGGGCAGGAGUAUGGGGUUCAUUGGACACUACCUGGAUCAGAAGAGGCUGAAGCAAGGUCUGUAUCGUCAUCCGUGGGACGACAUCUCCUAUGUUCUACCAGAGCACAUGACUAUGUGAUGGUCAGUAGCAUGGCCUGAAACCAUUGCCUAGAGAAGCUAGUUGCCUGCAUAGAGGACAGCUGUCAAUGGAUUUCAAUGUAAAAGCCUUUAGUGUAUAGAAAUCACGAACUGUUGUGUUCAAAGCAGCUGUCUUACAAGCAUAGAAACUUAUACAAAUAAAAACCAAAACUUGGGAUACUCCAUAUGCUACCUGCUGUAUUUAAUAUGUGGAAGCAGCCGAACUGUCUCUCCCCCGCCCCCCCCCCUUUUUUAUUAUUCUAUUCUUGUUUUAUUUUCAGUGUUCUGCUGAGGUUUUAAGGUUUUCAUUUUUUUUGCUCAUGGGCACAGCCUUGCUUGACUCUAAGAAUAAGCUUGUUUCCAUUCCGACAAAAAGAGGAACCAAAACCUAAAGAAUAUUGUCCCCAUCAGCUGUGAGUUGGGAUUCCUUUUUAGGCUGUUUUUCAGUUUGCUGUUCACCUCCACAGUUUGAUCAUAUCCUUGAUGGUGGGACCACUGCUGAUUUUUAUAGCCAAUGCUCUUCAAACCCUGUUGUAGUAAAUUAAAAUGUAAAGUUGUAACAUAUCCUGUUGUUAAGACUGUGAAACUACCUGUAUUCCAUUCUCUUUAUUUAUGCAACCAACUUGUCAUUUACCAUCAAAUUACUGUUACAGAAAACAUUUGGCCCACCACUAUGUUGUUUGCGUAUGCAACAUGUGUGUUCUUUGGGCAACUAAUUAUAGCCUUAAUCACAACUUCAGCACCCUACUGUGUCUGUAUUACUGGAGUCUAACACAAAUAAACAGUACAGUAAUCAUGUUUA